AUGGCGGCCACUCUCGGGGUCGGCUCGGAUCUCAUGCUCUCGGGCAUUCGCCUUCGUGGUCGAUCCUCCCACUACCUCGGCCACUACCCCCCGUACUUCACCUCCUACGCACGAUGCCCUCGGCGAAUGCCAAUCGCGGCACGCAACUUUUCCUCCAACGCAGGCAAGAGGCCGCGCUUCUCCCGGCGGCUCGGAGAGGCGCUGCGCAACACCAAGGUCCAUUGGUAUCACAUUCCCAUCGGCCUCGGCAUUGGCUUCAUUGGCUCUGUGCAGCUCUACAAGACAGCGGCAAGGGAGCACGAGAAGCGAAAGGUGCAGGGUGACGAGGAUGUUGCCGGAUGGCAGACGCCGCGGCCCAGGGUGCGGCCAGAUGGGCCAUGGCAAGUUCAGGUCAUGUCGUAUCUGCCGCUCAAGGUCAUGUCACGGCUAUGGGGCCGUUUCAACGAACUGAACAUUCCCUACUACCUCCGGGUACCUGGGUUCCGCCUCUACUCCUUCAUCUUUGGCGUCAACCUCGACGAGGUCUCGGAACCUGACUUGCACAUCUAUCCUAACUUGGCUUCCUUCUUCUACCGGACUCUCAAACCCGGAGUGCGGCCUCUGGAUCCCGAUCCCAAUAUUCUCCUCUCCCCCUCUGACGGCAAGGUUCUCCAGUUUGGGCGCAUCGAAGGUGGCGACAUCGAACAGGUCAAGGGCAUGACGUACAGCAUCGACGCUUUGCUGGGGAAGUCGCGGCCGACAUCGAGCGUGCGACAUCAUUCCUCGGAUGAGAGACGCGAUCGAGGCCACGAGAGUCAGCCACACAGCCACGCCAGUGAGAUUGUCGAGCAGGAGGAGGAGUUUGCGCGUGUCAACGGCAUCUCGUACACGCUCCCUGACCUCCUGACCGGGCCGAACAAGGACGAUGUUCAGCAAGCCGCGAUAGACGAGUCGACGGAAGUCUCGCAGCGAGCCAUCUCCGAGGUUCGCGCGGACCUGGCUCUUGGGGAGAAGGCUUGGUACCAUGUCCUAUCCGAGAACAAGUCGACGUCGCUCUACUACGCCGUGGUGUAUCUUGCCCCUGGCGACUAUCACCGGUUCCACUCUCCGACGAAUUGGGUGGUCGAACGACGACGGCAUUUCGCCGGCGAGCUUUUCAGCGUUUCGCCCUAUCUGCAGCGAACGCUACCUGCACUUUUCACGUUGAACGAGCGCGUCGUGCUCCUCGGUCGCUGGCGGUACGGCUUCUUCAGCUACAUUCCCGUCGGCGCCACCAACGUCGGAUCCAUCAAGGUCAACUUCGAUCGCGAGCUGCGGACCAACAGCUUGACGACGGACACGAUGGCCGACCACGCCGCCGACGAAGCGGCAAAGCGCGGCGAACCCUACCACGGCUUUGUCGAGGCCACGUACGAAGGCGCGAGCGCCAUCCUCAAGGGGCACGCGCUGCGACGAGGCGACGAAAUGGGCGGCUUCCAGCUGGGAAGCACCGUCGUCCUCGUAUUCGAGGCGCCGCCGGAGAUUGGCGAGGAGGGCAAGGCCAAGACGGCAUGGGAAUGGUGUGUGGAGAAGGGGCAGAAGAUAAAGAUGGGCGAGGCCCUCGGCCGAAUCAUUCACAAAUAA